AUGGAUCAUCUGAAAUUUAGUUCUUUAGCUCUAUCAGAAAUAAACUUUCUGCAUGAGUCAUCCUUUGACUUGAUAGACCACUCUUGGUUCUUAUUAUUUGGGCGCAAACAGGGUCAAGAAGAUGAGGUUUAUAUGCCAACAGAUGGGAAUGAGUUAGAGUCCCAAUGGUAUGUGGAAAAGGUUAUACAAAUCCCGAUACAAAAAAAAGACCUAAUAAAUCAAGAAGGUCUAAAAAGGAGAAUUGACCUAACAAAAGUAACUCAGAAGGACAUUUGUAUACUCGGCAUUCUAGAUCUGUAUCAUUUGAAACAAGACGAGAAGACCAAUAACGAAGUGACAGGAAAAAUACUUACUCAAUUGAUUCCCUUAGCUUUAAAAUAUUUAAUCAAGUACAAUGUACCUUAUCAUCAUACAUCGUCUCAAGAAGGUAUCAAUAGCUUAAAGGGCUAUCAAAUCGAAAACCAGAUCCAAAUAGGCAAAGAAAUCAUUCUUGAAUUCCUAAAAGAUAAGGUGAAAAUCGAGGAUAUGAAUGAUAGAUAUCAAAUUCUCAUACCACAUAACAACAUGAAUCCUGAUUAUGAUGAAUUUCAGUUAACUGAUAUGAAAGAUAGAGAAGUAAAUAUCCAGGAGUAUAAUAAUAAUGCCAUAAAAAAAUUACUCGAGAAGAUUAGUCGAAUGAAAAGGUUCUUGAAAAAUUAUGACACUAAUGACAAAUCCUUUUCUGCUACGCAAGACGUAAUUCUCCGGAAGAUAUCAAUGCUUGUAACACAAUUACAAAGAGGUGGAACAAGUGAUAUGAACUACUUACUAGACAACAAGAUUAAUGAAAUCAAACUAUUGGAAAUUUCGUGUAAGCAGUGGGAAAUUUCGAAUACUUUAAAAAAAUAG